AUGCAGAAGCCGUGGAUAGAAACGCCUCUGAUCGAGUCGGCAGCACUAUCCAAGGUAGCUGGAUGCAGAAUCUUUUUAAAACUCGAACUCCUUCAGCCAUCUGGAUCCUUCAAAUCAAGGGGUAUCGGCAACCUAAUCCGCUCUGCAUUACUCGACCCAGAGAACAAGGACAAGCAACUUCAUUUCUACAGCUCCUCAGGAGGUAAUGCAGGCCUGGCGGCCGUAGUCGCAGCCCGGGACCUAGGCUAUCCCUGUACAGUCGUCGUACCACUCAGCACGAAGCCGAUGAUGAUCAGUAAAUUGCGGGCGGCGGGUGCUGCCGACGUGAUCCAGCAAGGAGCAAGCUGGUUCGACGCGGACACCUACCUACGGAAGAACUACAUCGAUAAUCAGGAUACCCAGCACUCCUCGCGGAGAAACGUCUACCUGUGUCCGUAUGAUCAUCCAGAGAUCUGGAAGGGCGCUGCAACAAUGGUAUCUGAGAUGGUCGACCAGUUACCUCUGCGAGAUCCCUCGUCAACAUGCAACUUUCCAGCUGAUGCGAUUGUAUGCAGUGUUGGAGUCGACAAUUACCUGCAAUCACAUGCGAUGAAUGGGAAGGGAAACGCUCGGAGAAAUGUCAAGAUUCUGGCCGCAGAGACACACGGUGCGGAUUCGCUGGCGCUUUCGCUACGAAACGGGAGUCUUCAAUCGCUUCCCGGUAUCACCUCGCUCGCGACCUCCCUCGGGGCCGUUCGUGUCGCUGAAAAGACCUUCCAAUACGCAAGCUCACCUCCGGCCGGCAUCGACGUAGCAAGUGUCGUGGGCUCGGAUGCCGAGGCCGCUCGGGGUGUUCUUCGAUUGGCUGAUGAUCUCCGGCUACAAGUUGAACUGGCAUGUGGGAUAUCUGUAGAGGUUGCUGUGGGAAGACGAUUGAGAGAUGUCAUCCCAGAUCUUACUCCGAACAGCAGGGUGGUCAUUGUGGCUUGUGGAGGAAGCAAUAUCACGGCUGAGAUGAUAGCAGAGUAUCGUCUCCAACAUGAGAGUGGCUGGAGUUAG